UUGCCGCAAGGAACUCCUCUUGGCCGCUUGAAAGCGUGAUUGCCAUAAUUUUUUAUUUCUUUUUCUUGUUUUAUCAGUACUCUACUCGAACCGCGUCCAGUGUAAACCCGCACGCCGUUAUUCUCGUUUAGGGUUUAUCCCGAUCUUAGUUCACCAUUCCAAAACCCUGCGAACUUAGCUACUUCCGCAGUCCCUUCAGAGAAGAGCCAUGGAGUCCAACGGAGCAGAAGCGUCUCGAAUUCGCCGCGAAAUCAACAGCUUGAAGUCGUCGAAGAUCGAAAUUGAGCGCCGUAUAUCAGCACUCGAAUCUCAGCUUCGUGAUAUCGAUGGCAACAAGGACGAGCCCAGUACCAAUUCGACUAGUCCGUGCUCUUCUCUGUCGACUAACGGUGACUCAGGUUUCGGACAUGGACUGUCACCUGAUAUGAUAUACAGAUACAGUCGUCACCUCCUUCUCCCUUCCUUUGGUGUUCAAGGCCAAUCUAGUCUCUUGAAGACUUCAAUCCUAGUUGUUGGAGCAGGAGGUUUGGGAUCACCGGCUCUGUUAUACCUUGCUGCCUGUGGUGUCGGUCGCAUAGGUAUCGUCGAUCAUGAUAUAGUUGAGUUAAACAAUCUGCACAGGCAGAUCAUCCAUUCCGAAGCUUAUAUUGGUCAGUCGAAAGUGGAAUCUGCAGCUGCUGCUUGUCGCUCGAUUAACUCCACUAUUCAGAUCGUGGAAUACAAAGAAGCUUUACGCACAUCUAAUGCCUUGGAAAUUUUGAGAAAAUAUGACAUAGUAGUAGAUGCAACAGACAAUGCACCAAGCCGUUACCUGAUCAGUGAUUGUUGCGUGGUAUUGGGAAAGCCUCUUGUAUCAGGUGCAGCACUAGGAUUGGAAGGGCAGCUUACGGUUUACAACUACAAUGGAGGUCCAUGCUAUCGGUGUCUAUUUCCUACUCCGCCACCAACAACAGCAUGUCAAAGAUGCUCCGAUAGUGGAGUUCUGGGUGUUGUUCCUGGAAUUAUUGGCUGUCUCCAAGCCCUUGAAGCUAUAAAGGUUGCAAGUGGUGUUGGUGAACCACUCUCAGGGAGGAUGCUUCUUUUUGAUGCUCUGUCUGCACGUAUUCGUAUUGUCAAGAUCAGGGGGAGAUUGUCACAAUGUGAAGUUUGCGGAGAGAAUGCCACAUUCACAGAACAACAAUUUCGAGAGUUUGACUACGAGAAAUUCACUCAAUCUCUCCUGUCCACGUCUCCAUUGAAGUUGAACCUUCUUCCGGCGGAAGCUAGAAUAAGCAGUAAAGAAUACAACGAGAGAGUUGUUAAAGGCGAAGCGCACGUAUUGGUUGACGUGCGGCCCGCACACCACUACAAAAUUGUUUCUCUUCCCAAGUCCAUGAACAUCCCACUGUCGAAUCUGGAGGCUAGAUUGUCUGAAUUAUCUUCAGUGUUAAAGAAGGAUGAUGAGCAGAGUGGAAGUGAUGGUGUUUCAGCUGCUUCUCUGUAUGUGGUUUGCAGAAGAGGUAACGAUUCACAGAGGGCCGUUCAGUACCUUCACAAGAUGGGUUUCACUUCAGCUAAGGAUAUUAUUGGUGGGCUUGAGUCAUGGGCUCAUGAUGUGGAUCCAACUUUCCCCACCUACUAGUGCAACAUUCUUUUCUUUUAUAUCAUGGGAAACCUUUGGAAUUGUGAUCUGUUUUGGGUUUUUUUUACUUCUUGUAGCCCUUUGAGCGUUAUAUGGUACUAUUACAAACAGUUUGAUGCCUAAGUUGUACGUACGAUGUUUAUCUAUUGCCAAGAAUAGCAAAAGCUCAAGUCACUUAUAAA